GAAAACAAAACAAGCUCGAACCCACCCAUGGCUCAUAAGCUCACCCAAUCUUCACCUGCCAAACGGAUCAUAGCUGGCUCAAGUCCCUCCGCCUCAAAUCGCAUAAGAAUUAUCGAACAUAAACACCCAAAAACCCACUGACGAUCUUCUCUAUGCUACCCCUCAUUUCCCCCUAAUAAAUCUCUCUCUCUCUCUCUCUCUCUUGGUCUCAAACUGGUCGAUCAUAAAAUCCCAUCUCCCAAAGUGUUCAAUUUCAGAUCUUUAUAGUCUUUUCGAUUGAAAUUGACAGAUAUGGCUUCGGUAUCUCAAUCUCCCGUUACUUUUUCUGGGAGUUUGUCUUCUGCAACUUCAGCUUCUGAUCUUCUUCGAAGCUCCAUGAACGGUGUGAAUGGCGUACCACUAAAAACAUUAGGCAAAGGGCAUGUGGGUCACGGGAGAAAGGGUUUAAAUAUAGUUGCAAAAGUACGAAAAGUGAAAAAACACGAGUACCCGUGGCCUCAAGAUCCCGAUCCAAAUGUGAAGGGUGGAGUUCUUAGUCAUCUUUCCCCAUUUAAGCCUUUGAAGGAAAAACCGAAGCCUGUUACUUUGGAAUUUGAGAAACCGCUUAUGGAUCUACAGAAGAAAAUCAUUGAUGUGCAAAAGAUGGCUAACGAAACCGGUCUCGAUUUUAGUGAUCAAAUCAUUUCUUUAGAGAACAAAUAUCAGCAGGCUCUUAAAGAUCUCUAUACGCAUUUGACUCCGAUACAACGAGUUAAUAUUGCACGACACCCAAACAGACCAACUUUUCUUGAUCAUGUCUUCAACAUUACCGAUAAGUUUGUUGAGCUUCAUGGUGACCGGGCCGGCUAUGACGAUCCUGCAGUAGUGACUGGUAUUGGAACAAUAGAUGGCAGGCGGUUCAUGUUUAUGGGUCAUCAAAAGGGUAGAAAUACUAAAGAGAAUAUCCAACGGAACUUUGGAAUGCCUACACCACAUGGGUACCGUAAAGCUCUAAGAAUGAUGUACUAUGCAGACCACCAUGGGUUCCCUAUCGUUACAUUUAUCGACACUCCAGGAGCAUUUGCUGACCUUAAAUCAGAAGAAUUAGGCCAGGGUGAAGCCAUUGCCCACAAUUUAAGGACCAUGUUUGGUCUUAAGGUACCGAUUGUUUCAAUUGUGAUGGGUGAAGGUGGGUCCGGUGGUGCUUUGGCCAUUGGUUGUGCUAAUAAGUUGCUAAUGCUUGAAAAUGCUGUUUUCUAUGUUGCCAGUCCAGAAGCUUGUGCGGCAAUUCUGUGGAAGACUGCCAAGGCCUCUCCAAAGGCAGCUGAGAAGCUCAAGAUCACAGCUAAUGAGCUUUGCAAGUUACAGAUUGCUGAUGGGAUCAUCCCUGAACCACUUGGCGGUGCACAUGCCGAUCCACAAUGGACCUCGAUGCAAAUAAAAAACGCCAUUCUUGACUCGAUGGAUGAGCUCGAAAAGAUGGGGACGGAAGAAUUAUUACGACAUAGAAUGCUCAAAUUCCGCAAGAUUGGUGGGUUUCAAGAAGGACUACCUGUUGACCCGGAAAAGAAAGUCAACAUGAAAAGAAAAGAAGAACCGAGACCCGGGCUUAUUUCCGACAAAGCGUUGCAGGGUGAAGUUAAUAAAUUGAAAGAACAAAUUUUAAAAGCGAAAGAAACUUCUUCGAUAAAUAUGGAUCAAAACGGGCUGAUUGAAAAGCUGCAAAGAGAGAUUAAUUACGAAUUUUCCGAGGCAGCUAAAGCAUUGGGGAUCGAAGAGAAGUUAAGUAAAAUGCGUGAAGAGUUUGCGAAAGCCGAGAACGAACAGUUGACCCCCGGUCAAAUCAAGAAUCUUGAGAAUUUAAAGAAUGAAUUCAACGAGAAUUUAGCAACGGCUCCAAACUAUGGAAGGUUGAAGUAUAAACUAAGCUUGUUAAAGGAAAUAACCGAAGCGAAAACCUUUGCUGAAAAUUACAAAAAGGCCCUUCCUUUGAAGGCUAAAGUCAACGAGAAGUUCAAAGAGGUUUUGGAAAAGCCAACCUUGAAGCAGAACAUUGAGAAUAUAAAGGCUGAAAUCGAAAAAUCCGGGGUGUCAAACAUUGAAGAAUUUGAUCAGGAACUUAAAGAGAAAGUUCUAGAAGUUAGGGAACAAGUUGAAUCUGAAUUCGUUAAUGCGCUUGAAUCUUCGGGUGUUCAUGUAACUUCAAAAGUCGAUCAAACUUCAAUGUCGAUGAUUAAGGCUAAGGUCGAUGAGCUUAAUGCCGAAAUUAAUCAGAUAAUUCAAGAUGUCAUCGAAUCAACCCCGGAUUUGAAGAACAAAAUCGAGAUAUUGAAAUUGGAGAUUGUAAAAGACAAAAACGCCCCUAGUAAGGAAUCAAAGGAAAAGAUUGAGAGUUUGCAGCAGCAGAUUAAGCAAGGUGUUGGUGAUGUAAUGAGUUAUGCGGCAGUAAAAGAGAAAUAUGAAGAAUUGCAGGCUGAACUUGCUGAACUUUCGGGUGUUGGAUCUGAUGGAAGUUUGAUCAAGGAACCAAUCUAUGCAUGAUGUAAGUUUUAAUCUUUUCGAUUUUGAGGUUGACUUUGACUUUGACUUUAGAGGUCAAAUUUGUUUCUGUGAAAUUUCUGUUUUAAAUUUGGUGUCCUCUAAUAGAGAACAUUGUUAUAAAUAGCACCAUACUUUCCCUUCUUUUUUAAUUUGGUCAAUGUACUUUAGGGUUGGAUUGGAUU